AUGAUAGCGCUUACCGUCGUUCCCAGGCGACUCGAAUGUUGGAGAGAUACGGACAUAGACAUGCUUGUCUGUUUUUCCAUUCAAGAUCGUGGUGCCCACGUCAAGCUGAGCGGUGUGGAGUCCGUAGCGACGCGCAAGAGCGAGAAGCAUGCGUACAGUCUAAAGGCCGAUGACAAGGUUGAACGUUUGAUCAUAGCUCAGGCCAAGUCUGUGUGCAUGAGUCUGAGCAACCAGUCUUGCUUUGUACUGGGUAGCACGGCGCUGAGCAGUGGUAGCUGUGCGGGUACACGUCGUCAACCAUGGGCACACGGAUCACACAGCCAUGGCGGUCCUAUGAGAUUCAUGAUUGAUAACUACGCCGGGCACGACGAGGUUUGUUGGCGAUUUACGAUUCCGUAUGAUGCUACGAGACUGGCGAUGAAGCUGACGAUGGACUGCUGCAUGAGGCGUUGGCGGCAACGAGAUGAUACUGACGAGUCAGAAAGACAUGCUGGGAAAGCGGAUGGAUGGCGAGCGGAUCUCUUUAAAACUUUCGAUCACCUGGAGCGCUCAGGCAUCCUCCUCCUCCUCCACAGUUGCGAUGAUUCAGCAACCCCGCCUAGGCAGUCUCGUAGUGCCCAAAUGUCUGACUCACCGUCUGGCUCACCUUUACUGCUGCAUCGUCUGCCUUUCAAAGCAAUUGAGAAGGACUUUCAGCAAGUCGAUUCCGACCAUGCCGUUGAUGACUGA